UUCCGGUCGGUGUGCCGAAUAUUUGGAAUAACAGGAUAUCUUGCAGAUACAAGUGUACAUGUAACCAUGCCACAAACCUGGGUCAUCAUUGGUGGGUCAGUCCUACUGCCCAAUGUUGGUGGCUUUCUUGGAGGAUUUGUCACCAGAUCUAACAUCAAAGACUGGUUUGACAAAGACUUGAAGAAACCCUCCUGGAGGCCACCAAACUGGCUUUUUGGUCCAAUGUGGACAUGCCUGUACUCAGGAAUGGGCUAUGCAUCAUACCUUGUGUGGCGAGAUGGUGGAGGGUUUGAUGGUGAUGCAAAAACUGCCCUAGCAUUGUACGGGACAAACCUGGCUUUGAACUGGCUUUGGACUCCUAUUUUCUUUGGUUCUCAUAAGUUGGGACUGGCCUUUGGUGAAAUUUGCUUGUUGUGGUUAAACAUUGUUGGAUGUGUGUACACAUUCUUUCCAAUUAACAGAGCAGCAGCAGGACUCAUGUUGCCCUAUCUUGGGUGGGUCACUCUUGCUACAGCUCUAAACUACAGCAUCUGGCAAAUGAACAAGCCUGCCAUAAAAGAAGACUGAUGUCUGAAGAAAGCAAAGAAAAACAUGGCACCAACCAUUCUGCAAUGAUCACUAGGAGCACUUUGAAUCAAAGACUGCCAAAAAAUAUAUAUUCUUUAAGUUUCUAUAUUGUACUCUUUUCAUGUUAUGUAUAGGUUCUUGGUUAAGUCUUUGUGGCAGGUACAAUCAGUAAUACCUUUGUUUCUCAUUAUGUUUUAUUUUGAAUCAUUUCUUCCAUCUAGCGGUAACAAAUUCUCUGGGUAGUGAAACUGAUUUUGAAAAACUGAUACCAGGACUUGAAAAUGCCUGUAAAACUUAAGUUAUCUUGCCAUGUUUUAAAGAAGCUAGGUAAAAAUCUGAAUGAAACUACGUAUAAAAACACUGCAAGUUGCUACUCUCCAAAACAAACAACUGUAAAUCUGAUUUUUUUUUU